CUUUGACAAUUGAAAAAUAAUUGUAAAUUCGAUUGAAAAAGUGGGUCUGUGGGUACGAAAAUACAAAACAAUGCGAAUAUUUAAUUUCUUAUCCAAGAAAGUGGGAGAUUUGACUUUGAAAUAUUCAAAUCUUCCCGAAUCUUAUGUGAAACGGAGCUUUGAACAGGUGUAUUGGAAGAAUCCGAAAGGUUAUCCGCAGUACCCCGCGGCUCAGGUUGCCCGCAAGAAGUUCCGUUUUACCACAAAUAGACCGUGGACAGGACAAUUCGCGCGUCAGAAUGAGCGCGGAACACUAAGGAAGAAAGUAUUCAUUGAGCCUGUUGGAGAAUGGAGUUUCUUCAAGGGCGACAGAGUAGAGAUUAUGGUCGGAAAGGACAAAGGUAAGCAAGGUAUUGUAUCGCAAGUGAUACAGGAAAGGAACUGGGUCAUUGUGGAAGGGUUGAACACACAUUUGAGAGUUGUGGGCAAAGACAAAGACUUCCCCGGCAUAGUGAUACAAUCAGAAGCCCCUCUGCUGGUCACCACAGGAGUUAGACUGGUCGACCCAGAGAGCUUGAAACCUACGGAAAUUGAAUGGAGGUUUACAGAAGAAGGCGAUAAGGUCCGCGUAUCAACAUCAAGUAGCAGAAUAAUACCCAUACCAAAGUCAGCAGAAGAGACUGUAGACUACAAGAGCAAGGAUCUGUACAUCGAGAAUGUAGACAAGGACACAGUUGCUGCGGAGGCUGCUAAGAUAACUUUCGCGCCAAAACUAUGUACAUUUGAAAUGGACAUAAUGGAGUCUAUGGGCAUCAAAGAGGACAAAGUUCCCGCUAAAUCUUAUUGGUAUUAAAUAAUUUAGUUAUGUUAGAUUAGUUGAAAUUAUCUGUGUAAAUAUAAUUUUUGAAAACUGAA